ACAGGCAUUGAAGCCCAGUUACCACCGCACUCCUCCACCCAAUUCUCCCUGCAAGACCUCAAGGGUCAGAACACUAGUGGAGAAGAUUCCUCAACCUCUGGAUUUUAGGGCCAUGGCAGAGGGGUGUUGCCCUAAAUUCCAGCGUUGGUGUCAGCCCAACGCCCCCCAGGAAGGAAUUAGAGGGGCCCUGGCCAGGCUGUGCUGGUUGUUGCUUAUGACCAGAUUAUGAGAAGGGACCAAGACAAUGGCUCCUUUGUGGAGGCCCUGGCUUACGGAGUCAAGUGACUGCUCAGCACACACGUGGGCAGUGCCAGCCUCUAAGUGUGGACAGGGCACUGGCCACAAAGUCCCAGAGAGUCCCAGCAGCCUAGUGGCCAGACCUUCUGUGGGAUCGCCAGACCAGCCUGGAACCCCACUGACCCAAGCCCGCCUGCUGCAGCCCAGUGCCUGGCCAUGACCAUCACCUACACAAGCCAAGUGGCCAAUGCCCGCUUGGGCUGCUUCUCCCGCCUGCUGCUGUGCUGGCGGGGCAGCAUCUACAAGCUGCUGUACGGCGAGUUCCUCAUCUUCCUGCUCUGCUACUACACCAUCCGCUUCAUUUACAGGCUGGCCCUGACAGAGGAACAGCAGCUGAUAUUUGAGAAGCUGACUCUGUAUUGCGACAGCUACAUCCAGCUCAUCCCCAUUUCCUUCGUGCUGGGCUUCUACGUGACGUUGGUCGUGACCCGCUGGUGGAACCAGUACGAGAACCUGCCGUGGCCCGACCGCCUCAUGAGCCUGGUGUCGGGCUUCGUGGAGGGCACGGACGAGCAAGGCCGGCUGCUGCGGCGCACGCUCAUCCGCUACGCCAACCUGGGCAACCUGCUCAUCCUGCGCAGCAUCAGCACCGCGGUCUACAAGCGCUUCCCCAGCCCCCAGCACCUGGUGCAGGCAGGCUUUAUGACCCCCACGGAACACAAGCACUUUGAAAAAUUGAGCUUACCACACAACAUGUUCUGGGUGCCCUGGGUGUGGUUUGCCAACCUGGCAAUGAAGGCCUGGCUUGGAGGCCGAAUCCGGGACUCUGUUUUGCUCCAGAGCCUGCUGAAUGAAAUGAACAUCCUGCGUACUCAGUGUGGACACCUGUAUGCCUACGACUGGAUCAGUGUCCCAUUGGUGUACACACAGGUGGUGACUGUGGCAGUGUACAGCUUCUUCCUGGCUUGCCUCAUUGGGCGGCAGUUUCUGAACCCAGCCAAGUCCUACCCUGGCCACGAGCUGGACCUGGUCGUGCCCCUCUUGACGUUCCUGCAGUUCUUCUUCUAUGUUGGCUGGCUGAAGGUGGCAGAGCAGCUCAUCAACCCCUUUGGAGAGGAUGAUGAUGACUUUGAGACCAACUGGAUUGUCGACAGGAACUUACAGGUGUCCCUGUUGGCUGUGGAUGAGAUGCACCAGGACCUACCUCAGAUGGAACGGGACAUGUAUUGGAAUGAGCCAGAACCACAGCCCCCCUACACAGCUGCUGCCGCCCAUUCCCGCCGAGCCUCCUUUAUGGGUUCCACUUUCAACAUCAGCCUGCCCAAAGAGGAUAUGGAGUUCCAGCCGAAUCAGGAGGAGGACGAGGACGAUGCUCAUGCUGGCAUUAUUGGCCGCUUCCUAGGGCUGCAGUCCUAUGACCACCAUCCUCCAAGGACAAACUCAAAGACCAAACUACUGUGGCCCAAGAAGGAGUCCUUUCUCUAUGAGGGCCAGCCCAAGAACCCCAAGGGGGCCAAACAGAACCUUAGGGGCCAGGAAGAAAGCAAGGCCUGGAAGCUUAAGGCAGUGGACACAUUCAAGUCUGCUCCACUGUAUCAGAGGCCAGGAUACUACAGUGCCCCCCAGACGCCCCUCAGCCCCACACCCAUGGUCUUCCCCCCUGAACAAUCAGCACUCCCAGGGCUCCACAGUGUUGCAGGCAUAGACACCAAAGAUAUAAACCUAAAGCCUGAGACUUCUGGGGCCAAGAACAGUUUUGAAGUGCUCCCAGAGGAUGAUGGGGCCUUGGUGGAGCAAUCAGAAGUACCUCGUGUGAGGAGAAAAACUGUGGAGUUUAACCUGAGGGAUAUGCCAGAGAUCCCUGAACAUCUCAAAGAACCACAUUUGGACCGGUCAGCAACCAACAUACACACUAUACUCAAAGAUCAUGCAGAUCCUUAUUGGACCUUGGAAAACAGGGAUGAAGCACAUUCCUAACCUGUUUUCUAAGUGGGACGCUUCACCGGCCUUGUCCUCACCUGCAUGUACACCAGCAUGACACUGAUCCGGGUCACAGCCAUAUCGCUGUCCACACUGAAGAAUAUGUUCCUAUGACAGCCUGAACUAAAUGGUUAGCUUAAUGGUUAACAAAAAUC